ACUAAUAAAUAUAAUACUUUUCAGGGGAAAAAAUACUAGUACAGAAUAAUCAUUUGUUUGGAAAAAAGAAUGGGAAAAAGAGCAAGUGAUGCAAAAGAUUCAACACCGAAAAAGAAAGUGAAACAAGAUGAUGUCAACACAGAGAAGGCUUCAGAAUCUGUUUUAAAUGAAAUUAAGACAUCUGCAGCAGAUGGAAGUGCAGCAGCAAUUAAAAUCAUUUCAUGGAAUGUGGCAGGUUUGAGAGCAUGGAUCAAGAAAGAUGGUUUAGAUUAUAUAAAGAAAGAAGAUGCCGACAUUGUAUGCUUGCAAGAAACAAAAUGUACAGAGAAAGAAUUACCUGGAGAGGUAUUACAGUUGAAGAGUGGAAGCAAACUAACUAAAGACAAGCCAAAUGAUUACUACAUGUACUGGAAUGCGGCCCAAAAAAAAGGGUACAGUGGUGUUGCGUUAUGGUCGAAGAAAAAACCAAUAAAAGUCAAGAAUGGAAUGGAUGUGCCAGAACAUGAUAAAGAAGGACGAUUAAUCACAGCGGAGUAUGACAACUUUUAUGUUGUCACAUCGUACGUGCCGAACUCUAGUGCAAAACUUGUAAGACUAGACUACAGACGAACUUGGAACAUUGCAUUGCAGAAGUAUAUAAACCAGUUAAAUAUGAAGAAACCUGUUAUAUUUUGUGGUGAUUUGAAUGUGGCGCAUCACGAAAUAGACAUUGCAAAUCCAAAAAGCAACAAAAGAAGUCCCGGCUUUACUAUCGAAGAAAGGGAAGACUUUACAAAACUUUUGGACGAUGGUUACUUUGACUCUUACAGACAUUUGAAUCCCAAACAAGCGGGAGCGUAUACCUACUGGACUUACAUAGGAAAUGCAAGGGCAAGAAAUGUUGGCUGGAGAUUGGAUUAUUUCGUGCUUCCUACGACAUUAGAAAAACAUUUAUGUGAUAGUGCGAUAAGAUCGGAAAUUCAUGGUAGUGACCACUGUCCAAUAGUGCUGACGUUAGCAGAAUGGGAUGCAUCGACAUGAAGAACAAGGAAACGCUUCAUUUUAAAAAGCGCUUUAUAUUUUUUAUUCAUUAGUUUUUGUAUAUGUUUGUUUAUAGCUACAGGGAAAAACAUUUUACACAAGCACGUGUUUUAAUAA